GGUGCCUCGCGUUAUCACUUAUCACUCUAUCGAUACAUCGAGUGAAUUCGACAGCGCGGGAAUCGAGUGACCUUCAAAUACUGUUAUCAGCUGAUAACUCAGUUGUUUACAUGCAGUGGGCUGUGACUAUGGUGCGGUAUCCGUAGGUUUCCGUGGGUGGUGUUGUUUUACUACUAUUGGUCAUGGAUCGGACGAUGUAUGGCAAGGUGCUGCCUGGCACUUAUUAUCCGUUCCGGUGCGCGAUGAAGGAGCACGGAAUUUCGCCGGGCUAUGCCCUCCUCGCGGAUCUACAGAACUCCAUAAACCCUGGUCGUGUGAGCAGUCCGGGCGGCAGGACAGGAUCUCCGGGGGGUCGCACCACUUCCCCUGGCCGCACAGCGUCACCCCUCGGCAGGGGCAGUUCACCUGGACGACUCAGCUCCCCCGGUGGCAGCCUCAGCUCACCCACAUCCACCGGAUACGGCUCCAUCAACGGAUCGAGGAACAUCAGCGCGGAUUAUGCGAGGGCUGCAUCGCCGACUUACCAGAACGCAUCGUCAGUCCACGAGAAAGUCAUCCCGGUGAAAUACUCGAACAGCACUUCCAACUACAGUAGCCACACGCCGGUGGCCGGCGGACAGACCGCGGGCUACGGCAGGACCGGCCGCGGGAACCUGUCCGAGCUGGACACCCUACUCGACGAUCUCAGCAAUGCCCGAUACGGAAAAUACGCAGAAAAACCGACUUACGACAGAAACGAUGGGUACGCGCGGACGAACGGCGCCACGAGUCCGGCGUCCACGCGGCCGACAGUGGACUCCCUGCUCGACCAGCUCAGCACCGACAUUACAAAUGGUCGGUCAUCAGUGUCACCGGUGCCGCCGUCGUCCGGCACGCUGCCGCGGCCCGGCACGAAGCAGGUGACGGUGACGGUGCAGGAGACGGUGGUGGAGCCGGCGCAGCCCCCAGCUCCCCGAUAUCAUGCCUCCACCGCCACGAGGGAGCUGGACGAUCUCAUGGCGUCCUUGUCUGACUUUAAGGUGAGCGACGUCUCGAGUCCGGGGGCAGAGGCCGGGACGCACGUGUACCGGGAGAAGCGCGCCUGGCAGGAGCACUACCGCAGCAGCCCACGACAGGCCGAACCCGCCUCCCUCGAACACAUGCUCGGAUCCCUCCGGGCAGACAUGAGCCGCCAAGGAGUCCAGACCCCCCAGAAGGGAUGCUGCAACGCCUGCGAGAAGCCCAUCGUCGGCCAGGUGAUCACGGCCCUCGGCAGGACGUGGCAUCCGGAGCACUUCACGUGCGCGCACUGCAACCAGGAGCUCGGCACGCGGAACUUCUUCGAGCGUGACGGCCGGCCGUACUGCGAGCCCGACUACCACAACCUGUUCUCGCCGAGAUGCGCCUACUGCAACGGACCGAUCCUCGAUAAAUGCGUGACAGCCCUCGAGAAGACUUGGCACACGGAGCACUUCUUCUGCGCUCAAUGCGGGGAGCAGUUCGGGGAAGAUGGGUUCCACGAGCGGGACGGGAAACCGUACUGCCGCGCGGACUACUUCGACAUGUUCGCGCCCAAGUGCGGCGGCUGCAGCAAGCCCAUCAUGGAGAACUACAUAUCCGCCCUGAACACCCAGUGGCAUCCGGACUGCUUCGUCUGCAAGGAGUGCCGCGAGCCGUUCCACGGCGGGUCAUUCUUCGAGCACGAGGGCCAGCCGUACUGCGAGACCCACUACCACGGCAAGCGCGGCUCGCUCUGCGCCGGCUGCCACAAACCCAUCGCCGGCCGCUGCAUCACCGCCAUGUUCAGGAAGUUCCACCCAGAACACUUCGUAUGCGCCUUCUGCCUCAGGCAACUCAAUAAAGGCACAUUCAAGGAGCAAAACGACAAACCCUACUGUCACGCCUGCUUUGACAAGCUCUUCGGGUAAUUGUCUAUGGUCAGAUUCGAUGUUGCCAUUAUAGAAAAAUAUACGAUCAAACAGUUAUAAGUGGGUUUUGUAAGGAAAAAAAUUUAUCUGUUUUGUCGAAUAUGAGAUAAUUGAGAAUAGAGCAAGCUACACCUCUGAAACGUUGCAUAUAUCGACUAUCAAUGUUGCUCUGUCUGUAUUUUGAACAGAAGUUCGCUGUGUCUAUACUAUAUAAUAGUUAUAGGUAUUCACAUUGGAAAAUAAAUAUAUUUCAAAUUUACAAAGAUAAAUUCACAAUCAUAUGAAGUAAGAAGUUUUUUAGAGUAUGACAGAAGAUGAUAUGUUUAUUCACAAACGUUUGUGAUAGAUUUUAUUUAAAUCUGGUCUUAAAACUUAGGGUGUAAGUUACAAUGCAAUAAUUCCACUGCUUUUACAUACCAUAUACUUAAUAUUUACAAUAGAUAUUUGCUACAGAUCUUUACUAUGCUCAAACUAUAUUAUUUCAUUUGUUAUAAGCUUUCAGUGAUUUCAGUCAGUACUUUAUAAUAAGUAUUAAAAAAUAGUUAACGGUAUACAUUUGGUAUACUCUUAAAAUAACUAUGGCGAUGUCUAUGAAUUUGUUAUCAACUAAAACGGUUUUCAUGAAGUAUUACAAUUUUCAACUAAUCGAUGGGACAUUAUUACGGUUUCAUUUGUUUUUUUUU